UAUGAAAUCUUCCUACUGUUGGUUAACAGUACUUGAACUCUCUCAAUCAUAUCUCGAGCCCGAUGUUUUUUGUUUAACUAAUAAAAACAUUUUCUACACUUGUAUCACUGAUGUUUAUCUUUGGAAUUUUGGUUUCCCAAUUUUCACAUAGGUAAGGGAAAAUGGUGGAAUUGAAGGAGAGCAAGUUUGAUUUUUGAUUAGGAGAAGGACAUCUCUUCUCUCUUUCGCUUUCAUCGUCCUUGACUAACUUACAUAUUUCAAACAUACUCGGUCUGCUUUAUCUCAAGCAGCUUGAGAGGAAUGGCUGCAUCAGCAAAGACACUAGCUCAUGACAAGCCUAACCCAGCUGAAGACUGGACAGUCGUAUUGCCUCGUCGUGGAAAACAGAAAAGGAAUUUUCAUAAAGUUAUCAUCCAUGAACCGAAAAAGCAAGAGGAAGUGUGGACUCCGGCAGAUAUUGAGACCAAUCCAGAGAGAGAAUCUAAAUUGAUGCAGAAGAUGCAAAACUGCAUAAAGAAACUUGAGAGCUCCUCCUUCUGGUUGACAUUUUCGGAUCAGUUACAAACCCCUGAAAUACUUGAUCAGUUUCUAAAAGCUGUGUGCUCAGAAGGAAAGAUGCCGAUGGUAAUAUAUGGAAUUGGUAGCAUAGAAUCGUAUGAGCCUCCUAGAUUGCAGCUUAGUCUUGCAAUCUUGAUGAAAAGAAUGUUUAAUUGGAUUGGAGAGGUAGAGGUAUUUGAUCCAGUGAUCUCUCUGGCAGAAUCUAAGGUACUGGCAGCUCUUGGCUGUUCUGUCCUAACAGUAAAUGAACAAGGUCGACGGCAAACUUUGAAACCUAUGAUGUUCUUCAUGCCACAUUGUGAAGCUGAACUGUAUGACAAUCUUCUGGAGGCAAAUUGGAGGCCUGAUCUAUUGGAUAAUAUUAUAUUGUUUGGAAACAGUUUUGAGGCAUAUGAGCAACACUGGUCAGUGUGCAAAAACCUUACUCUUGCUGAUUCUAGGAAGCAUAUCCUGGCAAUCAGGCAGUUCGUAAAAGAGCAUGCAAUCGACUCUUUUUCAGAUGAUUUUUUUCGAGCAUUCCAUGGUUCGAGUUGGCAUUUUUUCAAUAUCGAUCCUCAUACAGAUUUAUGUGAUGCUAAACUAUGAUUAUCAAAUUUGUUUUUGAUAAUGUAAGAAAAUUCUCUUCUUCACCUUUUGUUUUCUGGAAUUAAAGCCCUGCUGUCAAGCUCUCAACAUUUUUUUUGGUUACAUCCGGAGUUGGCUGAGAUGCUGCUUCAUUGAUGCAUGAUAGUUCCUUUAUGUGCAUGCCUUUGAAGAUGCCUCUUUUAUCCCUAUAUGCCUCUUUGAUGUGUCCAAUGAGAUAUAUUUAAUAUUUUAUAAAAAGCCUGGUGGUGUAAAACAUCCUAUCUGCUUUAUGACCCAGUAACUGCCUUUUUUCUGAUGUUUCCAAAGCAAUGCCCGAAUCUCAAACAUGGAGGCUGGAGUUGAUGCUGUGUCCUCUGACCUCGGGCUUCUUUAUGAGUUAUGACUUCUAUCCGAGUAAGAGGUGAGUGAAAGUGAAUAUUUAGCUUUUGUAUCAAAUGUUGUUUUUAAGCUUUUAAGCUUCUUGUCUUUGUUCUUUACUUAGUAAUUCCAAAAAGCAUACUUUUAAGGGAGUUGUUGAAUCUUCACCUUCUUUUCUUGUAUUACUAUACUUUCCAAUCCAA